CUGCGCCCCCGGCAGGACCCGGGCCGCCUUCGAGUGCCUUGCCGGGACCUGAGCAGGAGAUGCUGGCUGGGCCACCGACGCCAGAUCCUGGACGUCUCAUCACGGACCCUCGCAGCGGCCGCACCUACUUCAAAGGCCGCUUGUUGGGCAAGGGGGGUUUCGCCCGCUGCUACGAGGCCACUGACACCGAGACCGGCAGCGCUUAUGCGGUCAAAGUCAUCCCGCAGAGCCGCGUCGCCAAGCCGCAUCAGCGCGAAAAGAUCCUAAACGAGAUUGAGCUGCACCGAGACCUGCAGCACCGCCACAUCGUGCGUUUUUCGCACCACUUUGAGGAUGCUGACAACAUCUACAUUUUCCUGGAGCUCUGCAGCCGAAAGUCCCUGGCCCACAUCUGGAAGGCCCGGCACACCCUGUUGGAGCCAGAGGUGCGUUACUAUCUGCGGCAGAUCCUUUCAGGCCUCAAGUACUUGCACCAGCGGGGCAUCUUGCAUCGGGACCUCAAGCUAGGAAAUUUUUUCAUCACCGAGAAUAUGGAACUGAAGGUGGGAGAUUUUGGACUGGCAGCCCGGUUGGAGCCCCCAGAGCAGAGGAAGAAGACCAUCUGUGGCACCCCCAACUAUGUGGCCCCAGAAGUGCUGCUGAGACAGGGCCAUGGCCCCGAGGCAGAUGUAUGGUCACUGGGCUGUGUCAUGUACACACUGCUCUGUGGGACGCCCCCCUUUGAGACCGCUGACCUGAAGGAGACGUACCGCUGCAUCAAGCAGGUUCACUACACGCUGCCUGCCAGCCUCUCACUGCCUGCCCGGCAGCUCCUGGCUGCCAUCCUGCGGGCUUCACCCCGAGACCGCCCCUCCAUCGACCAGAUCCUACGCCAUGACUUCUUUACCAAGGGCUACACCCCCGACCGGCUCCCUGUCAGCAGCUGCGUGACAGUCCCAGACCUGACACCCCCCAACCCAGCUAGGAGUCUGUUUGCCAAAGUUACCAAGAGCCUCUUUGGCAGGAAGAAGAAGAGUAAGAACCACCCUGAAGAGCGGGACGAGGUCUCCCGUCUGGUGAGCGGCCUCAUGCGCACGUCCAUCGGCCAUCAGGAUGCCAGGCCCGAGGUUCCAGUAGCUUCCGGUCUAGGCCCUGUCAGCCUGGUAGAGACAGCACCUGAAGACAGCUCACCCCGUGGGACACUGGCGAGCAGUGGUGACGGGUUUGAAGAAGGCCUGACCGUGGCCACGGUGGUGGAGUCAGCCCUCUGUGCUCUGAGGAACUGUGUGGCCUUCAUGCCCCCAGCGGAUCAGAACCCGGCCCCCCUGGCACAGCCAGAGCCUCUGGUGUGGGUCAGCAAGUGGGUGGACUACUCCAACAAGUUUGGCUUCGGGUAUCAACUGUCCAGCCGCCGCGUGGCCGUGCUGUUCAAUGAUGGCACACACAUGGCCCUGUCAGCCAAUCGAAAGACUGUGCACUACAAUCCCACCAGCACGAAGCACUUCUCCUUCUCUGUGGCUGCUGUGCCCCGAGCCCUGCAGCCUCAGCUGGGCAUCCUGCGGUAUUUCGCCUCCUAUAUGGAACAGCACCUCAUGAAGGGUGGAGACCUGCCCAGUGUGGAAGAGGUGGAGAUGCCUGCCCCACCUUUGCUGCUGCAGUGGGUCAAGACGGAUCAGGCCCUCCUCAUGCUGUUCAGUGAUGGCACUGUCCAGGCCUUGGUCAGUGUUGCCUUCUUGUACACAGGUGAACUUCUAUGGGGACCACACCAAGCUGAUCCUCAGUGGCUGGGAACCCCUCCUUGUGACUUUUGUGGCCCGAAAUCGCAGUGCUUGUACUUACCUCGCUUCCCACCUGCGGCAGCUGGGCUGCUCCCCGGACCUGCGGCAGCGGCUGCGCUACACUCUACGCCUGCUCCGGGACCACAGCCCCACCUAGCCCUCUCUGGGGAGCAGGCACCACUUAAGCCCUCAAGCUGGGCCUUUGUGACCCUCCCUGUCCUUUUGGUGCCUCACUGGGGGCUCUGGACUGAAUCCCCCAGGGAAUCAGGGACCAGCUUUACUGGAGUUGGGGGCGGCCUUGUAGUCUCCUACCCCUUCUCCAAGAUAAGCCCGAGCCUUAGCCCCCAGCUAGGGGGCAUUAUUUAUGGACCACUUUUAUUUAUUGACAUACAUUUAUUUAUUGGGAUGUGAGCCCCAGGAGGGCCUCCUCCUGGGAUAAUAAACCGUUUUGCAGAA